CUUCCGUUGGUAAAACAGGUCCUUCCCAUCCUUAAGAGCCAAGAGGAAUCUGUGCAACAUUGCUAUACGCUUACCAUGAUGACAGCCAUCUUAGAACGGAUCAGCACUCUGUCCAUCAGCGGGCAACAACUCCGUCGUCUCCCGAAGAUCUUGGAAGAAGGCUUCCCCAAAAUGCCCUGCACUGUCAAAGAGUCGGAUGUGCCCCAACUCUUCCGGGAGCCGUACAUACAAGCUGGUUACCGCCCCACGGGUCAAGAGUGGCGCUACUACUUCCUCAGCCUCUUCCAGAAACACAACGAGGUCGUCAAUGUCUGGACUCACUUGCUGGCUGCCUUGGCUGUGCUUUUGAGGUUUAAUGCUUUUGCGGAAGCCGAGGAGCUAUCGUUGGAGGUCCACUCCUUGCCUCUCUUCAUCUUCGUCCUCUCCUCUGUGACGUAUCUGACGUGCAGCCUCUUGGCUCACCUCUUGCAAUCCAAGUCAGAGAUGUCGCACUACACUUUCUACUUUGUAGACUACGUUGGGGUUAGCAUCUAUCAGUAUGGAAGCGCCCUGGCCCAUUUCUACUACAGCUCUGACCAAGCGUGGUACGACAAGUUCUGGCUUUUCUUCCUGCCGGCGGCUGCUUUCUGUGGGUGGCUGUCUUGCACCGGCUGCUGCUAUGCCAAGUACCGUUACCGACGCCCUUACCCCAUCAUGAGAAAAAUAUGUCAGGUGAUCCCAGCAGGGCUGGCAUUCAUCUUGGACAUCAGUCCUGUGGCGCACCGUGUGAUCGUGUGCCACCUCGAAGGAUGUGAGGAGACGGCUGCCUGGUACCACACCUUCCAGAUACUUUUCUUCCUGGUCAGUGCUUAUUUCUUCUCUUGCCCGGUUCCUGAGAAGUAUUUCCCAGGUUGCUGCGAUAUUGUCGGCCACGCCCACCAGAUUUUCCAUACCUUUCUGGCUAUCUGCACACUCUCUCAACUGGAGGCCAUUUUUCUGGAUUACAAAAACCGGCAAGAUAUUUUCCUCAGGCGGCACAGUCCCCUCUCUGUCAUCCUGUCCUGUGGCUCCUUCUUUGGCCUAGUGGCUUGCAGCGCUGCCACCGCGCACCUCUUGCAGCGCAAGAUUAAGGUGGAACUGGCCAGAAAGGAAAACUGAGGCUCUAUCGAGUGGGCAGAGUUCAGUCCCAGUUGGCUUAAAGCAAACCAACAGAAAACAACUACAUCUAAAUACUAUAAUAUAAAUGAACUUAACAACAUGAUUUGCCUCUGUAUAUUAUAAGCAAGGAAUUAUUGCAGUCUGGAACUACAAAGCUGCCUUAUGUCCUAAACAUUUUUUUAAUUAUUAUUGUGACUGCCUGUUGCUGGGCAAAGGGCAUUUAAGACACCUAAACUGAAGAUGUUGUUUUAA